AUGGGCGACACCACCACCAACAAAUCUUCGCACGAGACGUUCGUGGGCUCGAUCGACCAGGGAACCACAAGCACCCGGUUUCUGAUCUUCAACCGACACGGCGAGGUGAUUGCAUCGCAUCAGAUCGAGUUCAAGCAGAUCUAUCCGCAUCCAGGAUGGCAUGAGCACGAUCCACUCGAAAUCAUUUCGUCGGUGGAGCAAUGUAUCGACGGUGCUGUCAAGGACCUCGAGACCCAAGGCCACGCAAGUGCUAAUAUCAAAGCUGUGGGCAUCACAAACCAGCGUGAGACAACGGUCGUAUGGAACCACGAGACGGGCGAGCCAUUGUACAACGCAAUAGUAUGGACCGAUACUCGUACGCAGGCCCUGGUCCGUAAGCUCAAGCAGCGAUUGGGAUCAGAUCAACUUCAGCAGCUUUGCGGCCUACCACUGUCGACCUACCCUUCUGUGGGCAAGUUGCUCUGGCUCCUCGACAACGAGCCCAAGGUGAAGGAGGCCUAUGACAAGGGCAUCCUCGCCUUCGGCACCAUCGACGCGUGGCUGGUCUACAAGCUUAACGGGGGGCCCAAGAAGAAUGUGUUCGUUUCUGACCCAACGAAUGCCUCGCGAACCAUGUUCAUGAACCUCAAAACGCUGGACUACGACGAGUCACUCAUUGAUUUCUUCCGACUGGACCAGAGCAAGAUCCACCUCCCCAAGAUCACCCGGUCGUCAGAUCCCGAGGCGUAUGGGCGUCUGGAGGUGAGUGUGCUCAAGGGCACCCCCAUUACGGGCUGUCUGGGCGAUCAGUCAGCCGCCCUUGUCGGCCAAAAGGGAUUUACCCCGGGAUUGGCCAAAAAUACUUAUGGCACGGGUUGUUUCCUGCUGUACAAUGUCGGUGAAAAGCCGGUCUUCUCCACCCACGGGCUUCUCGGCACGGUGGCCUACGACUUUGGCGAGGGACGGCGGAUGUAUGCACUCGAAGGCAGCAUCGCCGUCGCCGGAUCCAGCGUCAAGUUCCUGGUGGACAAUUUUGGCUUUGUCGAGUCCUCCAGCAAGAUAAGUCAGUUGGCUGCCACGGUCGAAGACAAUGGGGGCUGCGUCUUCGUCACCGCCUUCAGCGGCUUGUUUGCUCCAUAUUGGAUCGAUGACGCGAGGGGAACGAUCUACGGCAUAACUGCCUACACGCAACGCGGACACAUCGCACGGGCCACUCUCGAGGCAACAUGCUUCCAAACGAAGGCCAUUCUUGACGCCAUGGAGAAGGACUCGGGUGCUAAACUGGCUGAGCUCGCCGUCGACGGUGGCAUGAGCAACUCCGAUCUGACCAUGCAGACACAAGCGGACCUGAUCCAGAUUCCUGUGCGGCGGCCACAAAUGCGGGAGACUACAGCCCUGGGAGCCGCUAUUGCCGCCGGGCUGGCUGUCGGAGUGUGGGACAGCAUUGAGGAGUUGAAAGACAUCAACGUCGAGGGGAGCACCGUCUUCAAACCACGGUUGCACGAAGCCAAGAGUAAGGAGAUGUUUGAGCGGUGGGAAAAGGCAGUGCAGAUGUCCAAAGGUUGGUCGUCAUAA